AUGCGGCCGAAAUCAGUAGGAGGCGCAAUUUCGGAGUCACAGCCUGCUGCACUUCAUGCAGCCCGCUUAGCAAUGUUAAAGCAAUUGAAUGUUCAUUUACCAAUAGAAGAAUCAAAAAUAUGGAAUGAUGAUACACAAGCAGAUGUUGUUUCAUUGAGAUCUAUGGAUAGAGGGUCUGUAAUAACAGGCAUGAUGGGAUAUGCAUCAAUACCAGAUAGUCAUUAUCGUAUUCCAAAGCAAAGAUUAUCAGUACCAUUAUUUGUUCAUGAUAAUCAAGAAUGUUCGCGUUUUCAGGCGCUUCGUCGAAACAAAUUUAGUACAUUUUCUUUUCGUUCACCAUCUAAAAAAAGGUCAGCAGCAGGAAGAUUUGUUUUACAUCUUAAACGUACAUUUUUAGCUAAAAACUUGCUUUUUCAACGACCAGUUCCCUCUAGCUCUCAAUAUAAAGAAAACUUUUGUAGUUCAUUUACUUUAAAAGAGUUAUCUAAAAAUGAACAAGUUUCUCCACUUGCUGUAUGUACUAAAAAUACAUUAACAAAUGUUAAUCAGCCUCUUUCAAAAAUGGAUGAAAAUACAGAAUUUUCUCAACUUAAAAAAAAAAUAGCUUCUUUGGAAAUUUUAGAAACUCAGAAUGGAAAAGAAAAUCAACCAUUAUCAGAUGAUAGAAAAAGCUUGACAAUUUUACCAGAAGAAAAUAACAAUAAUGUUUUCAUUACUACUAUUGAAAAUGAUAUUGCUUCACCAUCAUUUUGCAUGUCCUGCGAUACUUCUAUUGGUUCUAUAGAUCAUCGUGAUAAUGCAGGACCUGUGAGACUUUUUACAGAUGACUUAUCUCCCUCACCAAAAUUAAAUUCUAAUUUAUAUCGAUCUCAUUGCACACUUCCAUAUCAAGAACAAGAAGUAACAAAUUCUUCAAAUUUAUUAUAUUAUUAUCAUCAAAAUCCUUCGUCUUUGUCGACUCAUACAUCUCAUUCACCUCACGCUAUUCCAUAUAAUUCCCCAUCUUCUAAACUUGAAGAAAUGUUAUAUUCAAAAACUUAUCAUAAUGUAAGAUCGCCAUCAGGAUUAGAAAAAGCAGUUAAUUUUAAUUAUGGAGGUAUUGAUGAAUGGAGAAGAGAAAUUCGUAAUUCUAUGCAUUUAGAAAGAAGAAAAAAAGAUGAAAAGAAUCUGCCUUUGUUUUUUUAA